ACGUAAUAUGAUAUUUGAACUUCAUCUGUAAUAAGUAAACGUCAUUUCAGUGUAUCAAGAGGUGCGCCUACUUGCUUACUGUGAUAAAUCGUUGGAAAAACCUUGAACGAUGCGAGGAUCAUUAUUAAAUCGUGCCUGAAUAAUAGAAUUGUUGCUAAAUUGUGUUUUGGUAAAAACAGUGGGUUAGAUAUAUUGUGUGGUUCCAUAACAUAGUAACCAUGAGCCACCCUCGAAGUGAUAACAUAUGCGCGACCGCGCAUUUAAGAGUGAUGUUGCCUACGUCUGUGGAUUCUAAUUUGCCUCCUCAGUUUCUUGAUAUAAUAUCAUUUCCAGAUCACCUACAAGACAUACCACCGCCUCAGGCAGACUUCUCGGCGCCACCCCCUUAUGAUGCUGUUAGCAAUGCUAAUUCCAAACUACCCACAUAUGAGGAGGUGCAAAGAGAGAAGCAGAUGGAAGGGGAAGACCUACCACAGAUGCAGGGUCCCCCUCCCCACCAGCCAACGUUUGCUGCCUUCGUGACGGUGGAACCGACAGAAGGCUCAGCAGAACAACUGGACCCAGAGAACAGCUUGUUAGGAACUGAUAUCAUGUUCUUAACAUCAUUUUUUGUGGCGUUCCUAUUCAACUGGAUCGGGUUCCUGCUACUCAUGUGCUUCUGCCACACGGUAGCCAGUCGUUACGGUGCUCUGGCCGGGUUCGGGCUGUCGCUCGCCAAGUGGACCCUCAUCGUCAAACAUUCCACGGAGCUAGCGUCCCACGAGAACUCCUGGCUCUGGUGGCUCAUCAUGGCCUUCGGUAUCUUAAUCUGCGUGCGUGCUAUCAUCCAGUACCUGAACAUUAAGCGCGGCUGGCGUCUGCUCUCCGGCACGGCUCAAGAGCGACUCCUAUUCUUUUACUAAUCUAGCACCAGCUUUUUGUUUCACUCACACCUGCAAAUCGCAUCAUAAGCAUGGAUGUGCGACAAGGAUGGAUAUAUGUUUGUGCGUGUAGCCGGUAAUGUUAGUCAAACUAAAGGGCUCUACACACGACUUUCUAAAAUAAAGAAUUACAUAAAAAUGUCAUGGAGUUGGUAUAAUCUGUCAAAUUGGAUUGUGUGUCGAGUCUUUUACGACGUAUACUAAGCAGUGCUAUCAAACACUGUCUAUCAGGGCCUAAGUCUGUCAAUUCUAUACAGUAUCGAUUGCAUAUUAAUGAAUUUGUCGACAAUUACAGAAUGACUGUCAACCAUCCGUUGAUAUACGAAUGAAACUCUGAAGGCACAGAUUUGGGCCACUGGGGCCUACCAUCACCCCUUGAAGAAGACAGUUGCAUUAGUGGAAGCGAGAUGGCACUAUACGGCUUAUAGCGGCGUCUCUCUUCCACAACUUAGUAGGCCUUUAUCAUUGUUGAUCGUUACGAUAACGAUUCAGAUAUUUAAGGUAUCGGUAGCGUAUUUGUCUACCUCUCACAAUAUCGAGUCUAGUUCUAAAGUGUUAUCACACAAAUAACAGUUAUUGCAUUCAACGACGUUCCGUACAUCGUACGCAUCUCAGAGUUGUGUUUGAAAGACAUGAAAGCCAAUAUUUUAUUAGGUGUAUUUUAAUUUAUUAUAAGUAGCUCAGCUUUAGCGUUAUAUUUGAGCAGAUAUUUUUAUAUGCGCAAGUUUGAUCAUGAAUUAUAUGAAAUAUCUCACCGAUGUGAAACUUUACGAUUGGGGAAAUCGUUGUUAUCGGGUACUUAUUUUGUAAAAUAGCACUAUUGGGUAAAUUAAGUGUUUUAAUUUGGACAAUUUUGGUUUUAAGUUUUAAUAUUAAAUGUAAUCUCGAAUUAUUCGAUUGUGUAUCAUUCCGUGGGUAUGUGAAGUGGCAUUAAUUAAGAGUAAAAUUAACAUAAUUUUAUGUUUGUAAUCUAGAAGAUGGGUGGUCGUUAAUCGAAUUUGAAUAUCUCAUAGAGACGUUGUCAGUAUAUAAACGGUCAAGUGCGAGUUAGACUCGCGAAACGGAGAGUUCCGUGCUAGAAGGAAAAAUAAAAACAAAUUUGAUAUCAAAAUUGGUCAGCCAUCAAAAUUUAUAACCGUAAUUUACUUCUUUACUUUUACUAUUUUUAAAUGCACCGUUUGAUCAAUAUUAAACAAAUCUGUAUCAAAAAUUAAAGAUGUUAGAGCGAGAUCAAAUUAUACAUAGAUAUUGUCUAAGACAAAGAUGGCGAGCUAAUAAUGUGUCAAAUCAAUGAUUAACAUUUCACAAAAAUAGUUCAACUUAUGAUCUAAGUUCGGUCCACAAAUCAGUUGUUAUAAUAUACCUUAUUUGUAUGGUGUAGAGCUCAAAUUCGAUUAACGACCAAAUGCCUGUAGGUUAAAAUUUUAUCGUGACUUAUAAGGCCGAGAUAUUGAAAUAACUAGUCUGUUCUUUAUUUCAAUUUAAUUAAUAUUGUAAGUACUGUUUACUGAUGCCAAUUAUAAAAAAAAAACACGUUAUAUUAUACAUCAAUUGUGUGAAGGAGAAGGAACUAUUCGUUGAUAUCUCUAUGUGUUACCUAAAUAAUAUUAAUCCAUCAUGAUGAAAGUAAUUCUAUUUAAUUUUAAUAUGUAUAAUUUGAUAGCGUGAGCCGAGGGUGGAGGCUGUAUGGAUUCUCCUAUAUUCUAAAUUAAUUCAAUAAUAUAAGAAAUUAUCAUAAUCUAGCCAGAACUAUGACGCAUUCAAUAUAAUGUUCGUAUAAGGACAGAUAGGGAUAGACUUAUAUAGACAGAUAGCGCCAUCUCUGUCAUCAAAACGAACUCAAAAUUAAAGCAUCGAACUUCGAUAUUUUACCCUUUUUAACAAGCUAACAUAUAUGGUAAAGGAAUUUUAAAUAUCAACUUUAUAUCAUUUAACACAGCACCUAGCUUUAUACCGUCAAAUUAACAAUUUUCAUUAUAUUUGGAUCGGUAAAUUGUACAUUUUUUGUAAUAUCCUAGGUAAAAUCAUCACAAGCAUUAGGCCUGUAAACUUCUUUAAAUAACAUCUUAAUAUAAGGACACAUUUGGUUCACACAAUAAAUGUUAAAUGUUCGCAAGUCUUAAUAACUUCGCACCAAAUCAUUGUCAGUGGGAGUAUUGUGAUUAGAAAACUUUAUUUUAAUAUAAUGUUUUAGUGCAAUAAUGUCUAGUUCAGUUUCUAGUGGUAAUAAAUACGUUAUAAUUA